AAAUUUAAUUUCACCAAUUCUAUUAUUCUUGAGGAGAAGGAAAUUAUACAGUCCGAUCCAAAUAUUAGUUUAGAAAGUAGUAAAAUUACCGAAGAUCCAAUAGAUACCAAAGUACAUAACACACAUGAAUCAUCGUUCAAAGUGAGACAAUUAAGACGGAAAGACAUUAGGGAUUACCCAGAAAGUAUUAGGUAUAAGAUCCAGUUCUUCGAAUCGAUGUCAAGCAAACAAAUGUCUACAGAUAAGAGUUGGUCAACAAAUGUGGGUAAAUUGCGGACAAAUACUUCAGUGGAAGUAGUUGCGCGUCCACCACCCGUAGUGGUUGGAAUGGUCCUUAAGCAAAACUCUUGCGAAAUUGAUAACUGUGAUACGUAUUCGUUCGACAAACGUAAAUCCUUCCAACAGUCCAGUGUGAUGUCUAGCAAAAGUAAGGGCAACGAGAGAUUUUUAGUCAACAUUAUCGAGCCAAGGACGACUAAGAAUCCAAAAAAAGCUACAGACAUAAAUAGGUCAAUUAUCACUAUGGAUUCCCAGUUGUACAUUAAACCGCACGAAGACAACGCAACGGAUGAGGAGCGUGAUUCUGUUAGCGAAUCCGUGCGGAAUUUAAAUGAAGCCAUUCGCGAACUUGUCCAUAAAGCCUACGACCAGAGCCAAAUACUGAAACAAGCAGCCAAAGCGGUUGAUGUCUGUCGGAGAUCAAAGGUUUUUUAUAACAGCAUCCAACGAGCAGAAGCAGAACGAAUUUUGUUGACAGCAAGUUUGAAACGAGCGCACUACUUGCACCGAAUCGAAAAGGAGGAGCUGCAAUACUCAAGCGAUUCCAAAAACACGGCCGAUCUCACAAUUUCCAAUAUUAAAUUUCCAUUUAACGUUGAAGAAAUUGAUUCGAAACGUCGCUACUGGUAUCUUGUAACGUGCGUAACCGAUCGCAGGUUUCACGUUUCUUCCAUGCUGGAGCUCAACCUUAAAAGAUCCUACUUGCAGUUGCCCGAAAUGUACAGCUUUCAAGGCGUGUCCCCCGACUUUAAAAUUAAACUUCACGUGUACGAGCUUAACUCUGACAAUGCAGAUCGGAGGAAACCGAGGCGUUUACAUCGGAAGCUGAAGCAGAAAAUUUUGCAUGGAGCGCACUUUGAAGCAACGCUCGAAGGAAAAAUCCGCCCUGCUUUUAAGAAAUGCGGGUGGUUGGAGCUGACUAUUAAUAACCUCAGCCAAAAUGUUUUGACAUUGAAUAAAAAAGGGGACGGUACACCUUUGAGUGUCGUUCAUCUUUCAGCGAGUGCGUUCAGUCAGGCUUUGAAUCUCAAGCAUAGCGGGUUUCUAACGAUUGGCGCCGAAAGCAACGGUCACUUGGUGUGGGAUAAAAAUUGGUGUAGGCUUCUUAAUUCCGUCCUACACUUCUGGAGUAAUCCCAGUGAGGAAUCCCUAAACGGUUAUAAGCUCUUUAUCGACUUAAGGCACUGCGUUAUCAUCGACAUCCACAACGUGUGCUUAAGACCGAACACUUUAGCUUUAGAGCAUACGAGCUUAGAGCAAGCUUCAAGGUAUUACUUAUCCUGCGACACGUUGGAGGAAAUAGAUGAGUGGAAAAGGUGCAUCACCUCAAUUUUGGAUACAUUUAAAGGUUGGAAGGCCUUAAUGUACGUUUAAUUUAUUGUAUACGUAAUCUAAGUGACGACAUUUUUAUACGAUGACUAGACUAAUAAAGACAGAAGUGUAUAAAAUAGAA